AUGGGUACAAAUCGGUGCAAAGACGACAGGAAUUACUACAUCACUACGCCCAUCUUCUAUGUCAAUGCUGCUCCUCAUUUAGGACACUUGUAUUCCGCCGUGAUAGCUGACUGCUUAUACACGUACAAGCGCCUUCAGGGCUUCAACGCAAAGUUUUCUACAGGCACGGAUGAACACGGGCUGAAAAUCCAACAGGCUGCUGAUGCUGCUGGCAAAGAUCCCCUGAGCUUCUGCACCAGUGUGUCAGAGAGAUUCGAACUUCUCUUCAGGAGCUGUAACAUCGCAUACACUGAUUACAUAAGAACCACAGAGCAAAGACACCAACAUGCCGUGGAGCAUUUCUGGAUGGUGCUUAAGAACAAAGGACUCAUCUAUAAGGGUAGUUAUGAGGGCUGGUACUCCAUGCAGGAUGAAAGCUUCCUCACAUCCUCACAGGUGGGCAAUGCUUUAGACUCAACUGGGAAGGAGGUCAAGGUCUCCCUGGAGAGCGGCCACAAGGUGGAGUGGGUGAAAGAAGAGAAUUAUAUGUUUCGUCUGGCAGACUUCCGGUCUCAGCUUCUAGACUGGCUGAGGGGAAACCCCCAGGCCCUCCAGCCUGAGCGUUUCUACAAACAAGUUAUACAUUUUCUUCAGGAGGACCUCCCGGACCUCUCAGUAUCCCGCCAGAGAAGCCGUCUUCAGUGGGGCAUCCCAGUCCCUGAUGACCCUGAACAAACCAUCUACGUGUGGUUAGAUGCGCUUGUCAACUACCUUACAGUAGCGGGUUAUCCGGACAAACAUGACCAGUGGUGGAAUGCCGUUCACCAUGUUGUAGGAAAGGACAUCUUAAAAUUUCAUGCUGUUUAUUGGCCAUCUUUUCUUUUAGGGGCAGGGUUGCCACUGCCGCAGACAAUACAUGUGCACUCUCAUUGGACAGUUGGGGGCAAGAAGAUGUCUAAGAGUCUGGGAAAUGUUGUAGAUCCCCUUGAGCAGUCAAAUAGGUUCACAAUUGAUGGCAUUAGGUACUUUCUGUUACGUCAGGGUGUCCCAGACUCUGACUGCGAUUACAACAAUGACAAAGUGGUCAAACUGCUUAAUGCAGAGCUCGCUGACUCUCUGGGUGGGCUUCUGAAUCGCUGUACGGCAUCCUCUCUCAAUCCGGCGCAGGUGUACCCCUACUUCUGCCGUGAAUUGUUCCCCAGUGAGCAGAUUGGUGGGUUUAGGGGCAGGGCUGUGGCUGAAGACUACCACUUGCUCGAAGCUGUGAAAGGUCUUCCAUCUGUGGCGAAGCAGCACUAUGAGAGCAUGAACGUUUACAAAGCUUUGGAAGCCAUCGGUGGCUGCGUGAGGCAGACCAAUGGGUUUGUUCAGCGCCACAAACCUUGGAAGUUGGAUAGAGGGGACAGUGAAGACCAGCGCUGGUUGGACACCAUCAUUCAUGUGUCUUUCGAGUGCUUAAGGAUGUACGGCACAAUCCUCCAGCCUGUAGUGCCAGAGAUAUCGGACAAGCUUCUGUCUAGACUGGGGGUGCUACCAGGUGAAAGGAGCUGGGCUGCUCUCCUCUUCUUGCCAAGUUACCAGGGACAGCACUGUCCCUUUGUAGGGAGACCACUAGGUCCUGAUACUGGAGUGCUUUUUAGUCGUCUGGAGAGUCCAAAUGCAGAUAAAGGAAAGACAAAAAAAACUAAAAAUGUUAUAAAACUGACAUGAUUGUUUUACAUUUUCUUUUGCUCUGAUUGUUUUAACAAAUAAAGCCAUUGAAUUCUGCCAAUAGAAUUUUUUUCCCCAGACUAUAUGAUGACAAAGUGGUAUUUGUUCAUAAUAGAGCUGGCAAAAAUACAAUUUUAUAUCCCCCUAGCCCCCUGUUGUAGGCUCUGAGCCUGCCUCACAAAAGGAAAUAGUUUUUCAAA